UUACCUGUCCGAACCGUGGAGAUCACUGGGAAUUGUAGUUCUCGCGCCUGGUCCCGGGGCGAGAACGCCUCCUUCGCGGUGACUUCUUCAGUCUGUAAGGCGGAGCAACAUGGCCGGACUCUGGCUCCCGGCGGCUUUACGGACUCUGCAGCGACUCGCGGCCUCCCGCACCCCCGGCCCGGGCAGAGGCUGGAUACCUGCCUUCAGCACAGCUGCCCAAAGUAGUGCUGGAGAGGACUGCAGCUCUAAUGACCCUCCGGCUGAGCCAGGCCCCUUAUUGGCAGAAGAAGCUCUGGAGCACAAAGCCCUUCGACUGCAGAAAGAAGUCCGGGAUUUAACUGAAAGAUACCAGAAAGCUCUAGCUGAUUCUGAACAUGUACGGAGGCGUACACAGAAAUUUGUGGAAGAUGCCAAAAUAUUUGGGAUCCAGAGCUUCUGCAAAGAUUUGGUAGAGAUCGCAGAUAUCUUGGAGAAGGCCAUCAAACAUGGCUCUGGGGAAGCAGAGCCAGCAGACCAAAAGACAACCCUCAAUAAGGUCUUUGAAGGACUUUCCCUCCUCCAAGCUAAGCUACAGAGUGUGUUUGCUAAGCAUGGUCUGCAGAAAAUGACUCCCCUUGGUGACAAAUAUGAUCCAUAUGACCAUGAGAUCGUUUGUCACAUACCAGCUGAUGGAGUGCAGCCAGGCACAGUGACACUUGUUACCCAAGAUGGCUAUAAACUUCAUGGUCGAACCAUCAGACCUGCCCAAGUGGGUGUGGCUGUUGAGACACAGGAAUGAUAGGGUCUGGGACCAGAGUAAAUUAACAUUCUUCCUUUUUGUACAGAAAACAGCUCCUUGAGUUUCCUUUAUUUAUUACACUGAUUUGAAUUAUAAUUGGAAUGUUUUGCCUGAUCCAUUUUGAGUUUAAUCUAUGUAGUGAAAAAAAACAUAUUGUUGAUUUGGAUUGAGUCAGAAGACAUAUACUUUCAUUUCAAUUCUGUGAAUCAUAUUACUUCUGAGCUAUAAAAUGAGGGGUAUGCACUAAACAAUUUCUUUAAUUUCAUGGUCAUAUGAAUAUAAGUUCAGUAUUAUGACAUGUACUUGCUUUAAUGUAACCUUUGACUUCGUCAGAAAACCUCUCAUUGGCCUUCUUUAAAAUGUAUAUUGGAGAAAGUUAUUUAUUAGUAACAUUAAUGACGGUACACUGGUGUCUUUCAGCUGGAAAGAAAGAGCAAAGUAUAAUAUAGUGUGUGUAAUCAAAUUUAAUUCUGUGAUAUGUUCCCCUCCUACCCUUUCCCACUUCCCUAUAUUCUUUAAUAACAAUUCAAAAUUAUCUUAAUGGAAAGUGUAGUGGUCCUAUGUAGACAUAUUUAUUAUAUAUUCUGUCUCUUUUAUGUCACCUUCCACACCUUCUUUCUUCUCCAUCUAUAAAAUUAGAAGAAUUAGACCAGAUCUUUAAAAUCUUUUUUGCCUCUGAUAGUGUUUACGUUCUAACUUACUGAUUGGUUGGUUAAUUUUCUUCUUCAAAAUUAAUUUGGCCUAUUUUUCUUCUUUUAGUUCUGAAACUGUUUUAAAGUUCUGUCCGGUGCUAAUAUUUCCAUGAUUAUAUAAAAACAUGUUAGAGUUUGAUAAGGGAAAUCAUUUCUACUUUAUAAUAUAUGGAUUUAUCUAAGUGAAUUUUAUUUGAAAUGGAAAAAAAAAUAAUCCUUUUCAUCUUUUUCAGUGUUUGUACUUAACAAGUCAGUAGAUUUGUGAUCUCAUAGAAGUGAAUAGUUUCUCUAUUAGUACAGAUUCAAACCCAUUUCUUUCUUUUUUUAGUCAUAAGACAUUUAAAUUUUUCCUAGUUUUCUUUUUUAUAAGUUUUUAAUUGAUGUCAUUUUUUACAUCAUCUUAAUUUUACCCAAUAUUCCUUUCCCUUCUUCUAUAAUAAAUAAUAUUUUAAGACAACAAAAGAAAAAAAAAAUUAGCAUAUUUAAACUUUUUAAAUGUAUAGUGUGUAACACCUAUGUCCUUCCCACCCCUAUGGAGAUGUGAGUUGGGGAUGUUCCCUUAUAUCUCUUCAGUCAAGUCAUGUUUGAACUUUAUAAUUUUGUUACAUUCACUUUUGAUUUUUGGUACAUGUGUUCUUGUAAUUUACAUGGUUUUAGUUAUUGUGUACAUGGUUUUCUUGGCUCUAUUUAUUUCAUCUUGUUAUCAGUUCAUAUAAAUCUUUUCAUGCUUCUC